AUGUCUUUCAUCUCAGACAACAACGAAUUCCACGCAAAUCUGAGUGCACCAGCUCAACAUGUUGUCUGCUACAUGUAUUUGGAGAUCCUGGGUUCAGUACUCCCGUAUUAUGGACCUCUCUCGGGCUCGUCUGAUAUAAUGGCCUUCGUUGGGUACACCCCGAUCGGGCUGCAGCCAACGCUGUAUCCAGUAUAUUGUCCGCUCUCAUGUCUCGAAGCUAUGAAGAAUCGCGCCAUACUGUCUGCGUAUUUGCAGACCGGAUUCACCCAUAUCUGUGCAUUCGAAGCAAACCAAAGCACCGACGUCCCGAUCUACACCUUUAUGGGCUCCCCUCCUUCCGCACUCAUAGAUCUGCUUCCCAGGUGGACCAGGCAGGGCCACGACACUCACACUCACAUCGUUUACGAUUGCUGCGCUCCAUCCAAUCGUCAGACCAUCAUUUUUUGGGCCGAACAUCCAUUGGGGUACAACACGCAUACCUUGCAAGUUUCUGCAUCACAAGAUAUGUCGGACACCUAUUCUUCCGUUUCGCUCGACGAUUCUUCGCUCCUGGAAUCCUGGUUCAUGUCCAAUAUCAACGCGAUAUCGGCCAAUGAUGCUAGUGCCAAUGACGAUGACUACGCUUACUCUACUUGGUCUGUGCCUCAUGUCGAGGACGAAGCCCACGUCGAGGACGAAGCCCACGUCGAGGACGAAGCCCAUGUCGACGACGAAGCGCAUGACGUCGGCGACGAAGCGCAUGACGUCGGUAACGAGUUGGACAAUACCAACAACGUGCCUCCCAAACCCAAGGAAGUGAUGGACACCAGCACCCUGCAGGGCAUCAUGCUAGUAUAUCCGAAGUGGCGGUCGGUCCUGACUUACCUGCGGCUUUUUAUCAGAGUUGCAAUUCUCAAGGGGGAGUCUGAGAAUCCUCACCUCAUCACCAGAGCUUCAGCCGCCAGGAAACAAGCGUUCAUCGAUGCCCUCUUUGCUGAAAGUCUCGUUCGGGCAAACACGACUGUCGAAGAGUUGGAAACCGUGGUUUCUACUAAGGACAACCAGAUCAUAGAUAAGCGCGGGAUCUUGAAUAUGGCCAUCCCGUGGAUGUCCUACUUCAUUUAUGACACUAAGCGCGUAUCGUGGGAGGCAAUCGGUCACCCUCGGGCUGGCUUUGGGAUCGCCAGCAUUUUCGGUGUGGCACUCAAAGCUAGGCUUGAGUUUUUGUUAGACCACUUCUUACCACCGCAUUCCGCUCUUCUUCCAAUCGAUCAAAACGGAUUGGCAUGGUUCCUCCGUACGAAGCUGGCUAAGGCACUUGUCUGGCAUGUCGUUUUUAGGGUCACCAGAUCGACUGGCAUCCGACUUGACUUAAUCCCUGGUGUACCACUGAUCGUGGCAGAUCUUGAGCCUGAUACGUUCAGAAAUGGCCCCAGCCUACCUUGCCACACCCUCGCCUUCGUGAAGUCUUUCUGUUACGGCGCGCUGGUCCGACUCCUGAAUGAGGUCGUGGAACGGCUCCCCAAUGCUACCCUCAACCGGGUUUAUCCAUCUCCCCGCGAAGUUCACAAUCAAGCUAUUCAGACAAUCGGCAUGCUAUUGCAACAGUAUAACGACCCAGGACUGGCUUCGUUCCAAAACCACAUGCUCCAUCUGUGUAACCUUGCCGUGGAUGAUGUUGAAAGGGUUGUCCGCCACUUGGCGGAUUACAAAGCUAUGGCGGACGAUGGCCAUCAAACUUUAAAAAACUACAAGAAUGGCCGAUCCCAGCCUGUUAUCCCUCGCUCGUUACGCUCUCCAGUGACCAAUUAUUUGCAAUUGGACACGAUGAAAAUGUUCUGGCAUCUUGGCUUCAACAAUGUGGCCCCGAAAUCGUCACUUUCCGAUUCCCUCCUUGUGACGGCCGCUGUGCUGUUUGGAUUGGUCGACUCGCAUGAUCUUACAGGUCUCCUUGAUGUAAUCCUUGAGGAGGUCAAGAUGCAAAUAUCUCUCCAGCAAGAAGAAGAGGAGAACUGCUCGGUAUUCCUUCAGCGAGGAGGGCGUUGCUUUAUGGAGCAGAGGAUGUACCGCGCUCAAAUAGAAGUCUCACUGUUCAGUAAAGCUAUUGCAAACCUAUGCGAAGAGCUGAACGCUCGAAGUCAGCCAGUUUCGUGGCGUUUCGAGCCGAAUUUGACGCUCCUCGCGGUGAAUGCUGUAGGCUAUGCAUGCCCGCCUCCCAGCUCGCUCAAUUUCAAGUGCUUCGGACCUGCAAAGGCCACGGAGAAGGCUGCGACUGACAAAUGUCAUGCUUGGCUUCUCGCGUCAUCUAAAUCUCAAGACACUCGGCAAAUUGCCUCUAAUGCCAGCGCACCCCUCCACUCUCCUUGUCUACAAGAAUCUCUCCUAAAACGUGAUGACCAACUUUUCUCCCUGCCUCGUUCCAUGAAAUCCUGGGUUGAUAAUUCCACAUAUCGUACAUACAUGAGUGCAUCCUCUGCAGAAACCAAUGAACCCCUACGUAUCGACAAUAAUCAAAGGUUCAUCCGAAAGGAGUACAAAUCGCCGGAUGCACUCAUGUCUAUUCUCCACAUUCUAGACUUGAAGACGCAGCGCGCACAGGCCGAAGCUGACAUGUUCUUUGAGGCCAUUGAACGCACUGCUGAGAUCGAAUCCACUGACGAUGGUGGGCUUGCAGCUUUGUUUCAAUUUCCACUUAGCCUCCUAAUUCGAAAUUGGGCCGCCAUAACUUUUAUCAUUGUUCCUGUGUUCCACGAAAUUCGGAUUAAUCGACUACUCGUCACGAGUGAAGACCAUACACCAGAUGCUCUUCCAGAAACCUGCGAGCCACCCGUUCAUGAAAAUUCGAGCCGACCCCGUUGUCGAAUCAAGGAGACUAUUCAGAAAUCUGCAAAAGGCGUCACCAAGAAACUUUCUAAACCCUUCAAGUGUUUCCGCAAUCGCACUCCUGCGAACCAGAACGCAAACCUUCGAGAUGCUUUAACCACCGUGGUCCAGAACCCCGAAACGGAGGGGGCUUCAUCAAGUCAGAAAAACGAGCUCAGAUUUCCAGCGACCCCGCGAACCAAGGGUUGCCUGGAGAGCCUGCUUCACAGGUUCAGGCUACUCCUUCUGGCCAGGAGGAAGGUCCUGGUACUCAAUCAGCUGGCGCUGUACUUCAGGGUGCCUGUGAUAGUGUUGAGAGUACAGGGGAAACAUGCGACUUCUGCGGCAUCCGCCGCCGGCAAUGCCUCAGCGGAUCUCGCUGCCGCGGCUGAUUUUGAGAAGACGUAUCUCCAACCCCUAAAGAUUAUCGACGGUGUCCUUGACAAGAUCGCGGAUGUAUGA